AUGGCUGGUAGAUACGACGAUUAUUUACCGUCAGAUGGAUACCAAUACUUAUCUGCCCCUCGACCAAACCGGGGCUACCACUCCGACGAUGAAGCACGACAGAAGAAAAAGACUGUGUAUUUCGACCAUUCGGGCCCGCCUGCAUCAGGGCAACCAACUAGGCCAUUGCUUACAUCAGGGCAACCAACUAGGCCAUCGCCUCCACGACAGUUUGCCCGUCCCGUUGACGCACAGUACUACAGCCGAGUGCCAUCUCCCCCUCCACUUAGGACCGACAAUCGGAGAUUUUCUUCCCAAGAUGUACGGCCAUCGCGUGCCGUGAGUCCACCAGUUGGUGGCUCAUCGUAUCUAUCAGCCUCUGGCCAGGAACGUCUGUACGGCAUCCAGCCCCCAUCACUCAGAAUUCGUGACCCAGCCGGCAACACGAAAAACGUCAGUGGGAGACACAGCCAGUCUUUCGUUCCGCAAAGGCAAGACUUGGGAACUUCAUUUCCGGAAGUCAAGCCCCCGACGGAGAAACGCUCCUGGUACGACAGGCCAAGCUCUGAUGCUGGAAUUUCCGCAAUGACUAGACCGUCCUUGGCCGCAUCUAAAAAAUCGAUUUCCUCAUCUGGAACGGGAACACUGGGCGACAAAGUUUACCGAUAUAAUGAGCUAGGCGAGUCAGAGUUUAGGUUAGUGAGGGUGCUUCCUGCGCGGAUGUCCAAGAUUAAAUGUGAGGUGGUUCAUGCAUCGAUCUCAAGUCCUCCCAGAUACAUCGCUAUAUCAUAUGCUUGGGGAGAUGCAGGAGAUACCAGGCGUCUGGAGCUUGAAGGCGCAGACAUUCCCGUCUCUGUGAGCCUGCACGGCGCUCUGGAUGCGGUACGGCAAAAGAAUGAAAUUGUUACCGUCUGGGUGGAUGCGCUCUGUAUCGACCAGCAGAACAGAGACGAAAGGACAAGGCAGGUUCAACUCAUGACCAAAAUUUACAGCAAAGCUCAGUCCGUGGCUAUAUGGCUGGGUCCCGAAAGCGACCGAAGUGCAGCAGCGGCUGAAUUCAUUCAAGAUGUAGCCGAGAGAGCUGAAUCACCGAACCGAAUAACGAAGCUUUUAUCAACCAAAAGCAAUGAGUCUGAUGUAUCUGCAACAGUAUCGCUCUUUGAGAGGGACUACUGGAAGAGACUAUGGGUCGUCCAGGAAGUAUUCAAUGCAAAGGAUGUCACCGUCUACUGCGGAUCUAGCAAGCUCCCAUGGGACAUUUACAAGGAAGCAUCCCGUGUUUUUCAGAGACACAAGGGCGACUUGGAUUACUACUUCCCUGGUAACUCGCAAGGUAGAACAUACGCCAGGGCGUCCCAGAACCAUUUCACAUACUCUCAGAUCCUGGCUUACCAGGGCCCUGGAAGUCUUCCAGAUGUUCGAUCACUUGUACAUUUUGGGGAAGAGUCUCUCUUGGAGGUCAUGCGUGCCUGCAGGCGGAAGCUUGCCUCGGAUGCAAAGGACAAGGUGUUUGGCAUUCUCGGAUUGCUCUCUGAAGAUGUCAGAAACGAGUUCACAGUUGAUUACAGCUUGUCCGUCAAGGAAAUAUAUACCAACGUUGUCGACUUUCUCGUAUGGACCACGGGCCGCCUAGAUGUCAUCUGCGAAUCCAUCCAUUACCCCUUGCACACGAACACAGCGAGUCUGCCUUCUUGGGUUCCUGACUGGUCGCAUAUCCCGGACACGUCGGCAAUGUGCGCCAUGAAUAUCACGCCCCCAUUUUGGGCGUCUGGAGGAAAGCAGGCUCAGUUUUUAUUCAAGGACGACCGUCGGAACAAACUCGAAAUCAGUGGCAUACAAAUCGAUACCAUCAGUGCCCACGGCAUCGCCGUCGGUACUCUUUGCACGCUGGCCGACUACCUCAUGGCUUUUAUCCAUUGGAGGGCACUCCUUCUGAGCUACUAUAAAGCGGAUGCGAUAGAGUGUCAGGACAUAUUCUGUAGAACCCUAUGCCUCAACCAGGUGCCGCGAGCGUGGGCCAAGUCGACGGACUGGGUGAAGGCGUGCUACCAUGUCUUUGCAUCCUUGAUCAGGGAACGGCUACCGCAUCUACCGCUUGACCGGGAGCUCGAGCGAUACAUUGAUGCAAAAGUUGACAUAAAACCUGAAGCUCGUCGGAGGUUUCUUCAGGAACACUUUGGUUCACGGAUGAUGGGUCGGUGCUUUUACACAACGAAGCAAGGUCUCCUGGGCCUCGGCUCCGGCUUUAUGGCCAUUGGCGACGUCGUCGUUGUGCCAUACGGGUGCAACACGCCGGUUAUACUCCGCCCUGAAGGCUGCCGCUCCGAGUACCGAUAUGUAGGCGAUGCCUACCUCCAUGGGUACAUGUACGGGAGAGCCGUUGAUGAAUUACGUUUGGGGGACAGGAAGGAGGCAAAGUUCAUACUUCAUUGA